AUGUCAUUUGUGUACGAUAUAAUCAUCGUCGGAGGUGGUAUCGUAGGGCUCGGAGUUUUUCGUCAACUAACUUUGAAUGGAUUUCAAAAUGUUCUCCUCUUGGAGAAAUCCUCGCAAAUCCUAACUGGAGCAAGUUCAGGAAAUAGUGGCAUUUUACAUACAGGCUUUGAUGCGGUGCCGCAUACAUUAGAAUCAAAACUUGUAAAACGUGGCUAUCAUUUGUAUCAGUCCUUUAGACAGGAUAUUGAACUACCAAUAAAAAAGAUCGGCGCAUAUCUGAUCGCAUGGAAAGAGGACGAUUUGCAAAUUCUGAAAGAAGUCAAAGAUACUGCUCAUCAAAACGAUGUACUUGACAUCGCAGAGAUUUCUUCAACAAUGCUAUACGAACGUGAACCUCUAUUAAGACAUGGUGCAUUAGCAGCUUUGCAUAUUCCCGGUGAAUCGGUAGUAGAUCCUUUAACGUUACCCUUGAUUUUAUUAAUGCAUGGGAAAAUCUUUGGCGGACACAUUCAAACCAACGUCGAAGUCAUCAAUGGUGAUUACGAUUACAAAAAUCAAUGUUGGGCAUUGAACGAUGGACAAUAUUGCAGUCGCAUUGUCGUCAACUGUGCUGGUCUCUAUGGUGAUAUUGUCGAACAAAUCCGUAUCAAACAACAGAAGUCAUCAACAAAUACAUUCACCAUUCAGCCGCGAAUGGGCCAGUUUUCUGUUUACUCACCACCACCGGGCACGUCACCCCUAAAGUCAAUUAUUUUACCAAUACCGACAAAAUUUACCAAAGGCGUCAUUGUCUAUCCGAAUUUAUUCAAUCAGAUUAUUGUUGGACCAACAGCACAAACUCAAUUUGAUCGAUCGCAAGCACCCAUAAAAUCAGAUGUAACACGAAUGUUACACGAAAAGAUCAAUGAGCUUAUACCAUCAUGUUCAAACUCCAAUUAUACGCGCAUUGGAUCUUAUACUGGCAUACGGCCAGCAACAGAACAUUCGGACUAUCAAAUCCAUGCUUACAGCGAAAUACAGUGGAUUUGUUGUGGUGGAAUACGUUCGACAGGAUUAACAUCAUCAUUAGCCAUCGGCGAGUACAUUUAUGAACUAGUCAAUGAAAUGAGUCGCGAAAGAAAAUAUCCGCUACAUUGUACUGGUUAUUCUGCCGAAAGAUAUUCUCAAUCGCUGGAUCAAUUGAAAGUAAUGUUUAUUGCAACACCGCAAGGAUUGCAGCCAAAGUUAAUAAUGACAGAUUCAACAUUAACAGUAUCUGCAGGAGAUAUAGAGUUUACUGAUGAGAUCAAUAUUACGAACUUGAAGAUAGAGUGUAACGGUGAGCUGUUUGAUGUGUCACAUUCCUUAUUAAAAUUAGCGUGGAUGACAACAAACUCAUCGUUUAUCACUCCUCACGCAUGUUCAGACUAG